AUGUCUUCCGUCGACCACGACCCGCACACACAAGACGACGCCCUGCCGACAGCCGACCAGCUCUCCGCCGCACGCGCAGUCCACAUCUUCACCAGCAACCACACCCGCGUCCCCUUCUCAUCCCUCCUCGACCGAGCGCACCAACAGAACCUAGCUCUGGUACUCGUCUUCACGCGCCACUUCCACUGUGGAAUGUGCAAAGAGUUCGUCCGUGCCCUCUCCCAUUCCAGCACGCUAAUUGAUCCAUCGCGCGUUCUGCUGGUAGUUGUCGGACCAGGCCAACCGGAAGGCGUAGAGCACUACAAACAGCAAGUCGGCAGCCCGCCGUUCGAAUUUUACGCCGACCCGAAGCUCGAGCUGUACCACGCACUUGGCGUGACUAGGAGAAACUUGGAGCUGGGCAGCAGCAGUAAGGAAAUUCUGGGCUCGCAUCAUCAGACGAGUGUGUUGACCAACCUGGUCAGCAGCGUAGCGGAGACGUUCAAGUCUGGAUCUUUGAUUUUCAAGGGCGGCGAUUUCAAGCAACUGGGCGGAGAGUUUGUUUGGAAUCAAGCAGGAAAGGUGGUCUUGGCUCAUCGUAUGCGACAUACGAGGGAUCAUACUGAGAUCGCUGUACUCGAACAGGCUGCGAUCAAAGAGUCUUGA